AUGCCCUACAUCAUUCUUGCACUACAAACUGUUGAGGGCCACGUCUACGAUACAUAUGAAGAAGCAACACUGGCUUAUGAUCUAUUGAAAUAUGAUAAAAGUAAUGAAAAAUGUUUAGAAGAAGCAUAUCAACUAAUUGAAUAUUUCAGGAUGCAAAAUAUGUCAAAAGCUGAAGCUCGACAGUUUCUUUUAACUGCUUUGAAUUCUGCGUUAGAAUCGAUGGAUUGUGCAAUACUAACACCCAAAAAUGACUCGGUGGAUGAUAUCAACGAACAACUCAUAAACAAUUUCCUAGGAAAAGAGUACUCGUAUGUUCGCGUUGAUGAGACCGUUAAUAAGGCAGACCAAGCUUUAUAUGUAGACUUUUUGCAUUCGAUGAAUCAGCCUGAUUUACCGUCUCAUAUUCUUAGUUUAAAAGAAAAUUGUCUAGUUAGGCUGUUAAGAAACUUGAAUGCAUCCAAAGACAUGUGUAAUGGAACAUGUUUGAUUUGUCGAAAGUUUGAAAAGCAUGUUAUAAUCGCUCAAAUAGCUGUUGGAGAAGACAAAGGAAACUUUGUCUUUAUUCCGCAUAUUCCAUUACGCCCUUCAGAUCCAAAGUUAUAUCCUAUUAAGUUUAUUAGAAAACAAUUCCCGAUACGAUUGUGCUUUGCAUUGACCAUAAAUAAGGCACAGGGACAAACAUUGGAUAUUGUCGGCAUAGAUCUCCAUGAACCAGUUUUCUCACAUGGACAAAUAUAUGUUGCUCUAUCUCGCGCUACUACAUCUGAAAAAAUUAAAAUCCUGAUCGAACCAAGCGACUAUGAAAAAAAUAAACUUCCAUACACGAAAAAUAUCGUCUUCCCUGAAAUUCUAGCUAAAGAACAAUCCAAUGAAGCUAUUUUCAUAGAAGACAUAUGUGAUUUCUGA